AUGUUCUCCGGAUUCAUACCCCGGUCGCUGCCCACCUUUGGGUUCGGCCGAGGGGGAUCAGGCGAGCCCAUCAAGAUUCCAGCCGUUGAGAUCCACGACGUCGAACUCCUGAGUGACAAACGGGGCCGGAGGCUGAAACAUCUCCUCCGCUUGAAUCAUGCCACAUUCUCGAUAUUGUACAAUCACUUGAGAUUCCACAAUCACACUCCACAUCAUCUAGGCUCUGGCUACCUUCUAGGCGGCACUGCAGAGCAUCUCAACGAUAUAUAUGAAGACACGGUGGCCAACGACACACAUGAUCCCUGGGUAGAUUCCCCGUCCGAGAUCGCCAUCCACGAUUACCGCGACUACCUGGGCAAACGCGAAUAUCAGCGAGCGUGGGUGGACUUUUUCGAAGAUCAGCUGGUUCUUGACGGCUAUGAGUGGAAAGAAGUCGUUGGCCGGUUUCUCUACGAGCGUGGCUCCAAGGGCUCGGCCACUGAAUGGCCGUUGUUCAACGCGCUUGUUGCUGGGCUGGGCCAUCCGCUCAUCCACCUCGGCUAUGCUUUUGAGCUGAACAGCCGCGAGGUGGCGAUGGAGGCUUUGGGCCUCGCGGCAACAUGCUACGACCCUAAGCUUGCCGGUCUCCUGGAGCGCGCACCGGCAACCCAGCCACCGGAUGCCACGAACGAUUUAUUCGAAGUCUUUGAUCGUGUCCACGGCGACAAGAGACUUGACGGUAUCUUUGACGAAUAUGGUGGUGAUAAUCUAUCACGUCUCCUGGCCGACGAAAAAUUGACAUCUAUCCUACUUGAACACUGGUCUUCAUGGAAGAUAGUGGACCCAACGAAAGACUUCGCACAAUCACAACAGCUCGCUACGAAUCUACUUAUUGCCAGCGGGCCAUCCGUGGGAGGACAUGGCUAUGACUUCUUCCUCGUCCAUCUUCUGACCACGUCUCAUGCGGUCCGGAUUCUGAUCCCCUUCAUCCCUGCUGAAUACCAUGUCAAACUGGUCCGGGAGUGGCUCCUGAUCACGAUCGCAAUCUACAUUGCACAACUCCGCCCGGCCGUCAAGAAAUCGUUCGUCACGGAUUUCGACCUGAAGGGCCGAGACUGGGAAUUCGCCGAACGUACAGCACUGGAGGGGAAGAAGAAAUUCGAUGCCCAUUUCGUCAAAGCGAUUCGAGCGAUGAAGGAAGCGCAUAAGUUGUGGGGCGAUCCGAAAGGAGCGGAGAACUUCUUCCUCAAGGCCGCCGUGAGGCUUGCCAGCGAAUUUGAUGGGUGGGGAGGGUUUGGAGCCGAGGACGAGGAGGCCGAGCGGGAUGUGGAGGAGGAGUUGAAACGAAGACGUGCGAGGUAG